AGCAAAGCCAGGGAUCAAACCCUCAUCCUCAUGGAUCCUAGUCGGGUUCGUUAACCACUGAGUCAUAUAGGGAACUCCCAAGGACUCUUUCAAACUGGGACUGGGGUUGGAGUUGGGUGUUUUUUUAAACCUUCAAAGGCCAACUUCUAUUCCGGGUGGGCAGUUUUCCACAGAGUAGAUGGACAAAGCUCAAGAGAACCUGUCGCUCAUGUCACACAGUCUUUCCUAGGUGUCGGGCACUGUUGAUGCAGUCAUGUAGUCCCCCUAACAAUCCGGUGGAGUAGGAGGCAUUACGUCCUGCCCAAAGUCAUGCCGUCCACACAGCUAACAGGCAGCCGAGUCAGAAUUCAAACCCUGGCAGCUGGCUCUGGGGUCCAGGCUGUUACCCACCACGUGAUGCUGCUCCCAACAAGCCUGCGAGUUAGGGUUUAUUAGCCUGUUAGAGCCUCAUGUUGCAGAGGGGGACACUGAGGCCCAGAGAGGUGAGCGAUCGGCUUGGGCCAGCCUGUGAGUUAGGACAACGUGUGGGGAUGGUGUGAACAGGGGCACCGAGGGUAAGUGACCUCGGUGCUGGUGACUCACAGGAACAGAGCCUCGGGAGGGUGGGCAGAGAGGGGAGGUUGCGAUGCAGGAGAGGCAGGGCUCAGUGCUGGGCACCCGCCUCAGCCUCCCGGCCGCCCAUGUACCCAGCCUCAUCCCUUCCUCCUCCCGCUCUCGGCCCACUCCUGGAGGCAGCUCCUUGGUUGGGCUGCGAGGAGGCCUGCCCUGCCAGGGGGCUCAGGGCCACUGUCAGAGGUGCUAAAGAGAUGCCCCAAGGGGCUGUCCGGGGCAGGGGGGUGGGGGGCAGUGAACACCUUCCUCCCAGCUUGGGGGUGGGUGCGGCAGAGGCCCGCGUGACCUUGUGCCUGACAUUCCUCAGCAGCCACGUGGCCCCAACUGGCAGGGACAGCUGCAGACAGGGGCCGGACCAGCUUUGUUCCCAGGGUGGCGCCCGUUCUCCAUCCAGGCCCCACUCCUUCUGAGGGCUCAGUGGGCAGCUGGCACAGUGGGUUCCCUGCCAUGAGUGCCUAGAGGCACAGAGCCACCAGGGUCUCUCCGCGGGCGGCGAGGGUCUCUGAGGAUGGGGCAGGACCAGACGAAGCAGCAGAUCGAGAAGGGGCUCCAGCUGUACCAGUCUAACCAGACAGAGAAGGCGCUGCAGGUGUGGAUGAAGGUGCUGGAGAAGAGUUCCGACCUCGUGGGGCGCUUCCGGGUGCUGGGCUGCCUGGUCACGGCCCACUCGGAGAUGGGCCGAUACAAGGAGAUGCUGAAGUUUGCUGUGGUGCAGAUCGACACGGCUCGAGAGCUGGAGGAUGCCAACUUCCUCCUGGAGAGCUACCUGAACCUGGCACGCAGCAAUGAAAAGCUGUGCGAGUUUCACAAGACCAUCUCCUACUGCAAGACCUGCCUCGGCCUGCCUGGCACCCGGGCAGGCGCCCAGCUCGGUGGCCAGGUCAGCCUGAGCAUGGGCAACGCCUUCCUGGGCCUCAGCCUCUUCCAGAAGGCCCUGGAGAGCUUCGAGAAGGCCCUGCGCUAUGCCCACAACAACGACGAUGCCAUGCUCGAGUGCCGCGUCUGCUGCAGCCUGGGCAGCUUCUACGCCCAGGUCAAGGACUACGAGAAAGCCCUGUUCUUCCCCUGCAAGGCUGCUGAGCUUGUCAACGACUACGGCAAAGGCUGGAGCCUCAAGUACCGGGCCAUGAGCCAGUACCACAUGGCUGUGGCAUAUCGCCUGCUGGGCCAUCUGGGCAGUGCCAUGGAGUGUUGUGAGGAGUCUAUGAAGAUUGCCCUGCAGCAUGGGGACCGGCCCCUGCAGGCGCUCUGCCUGCUCUGCUUUGCUGACAUCCACCGGAACCGUGGGGACCUGGAGACAGCCUUCCCCAGGUACGACUCUGCCAUGAGCAUCAUGACUGAGAUUGGAAACCGCCUGGGGCAGGUGCAGGUGCUGCUGGGUGUGGCCAAGUGCUGGGUGGCCAGGAAGGCACUGGACAAGGCUCUGGAUGCCAUUGAAAGAGCCCAGGACCUGGCCGAGGAGGUGGGGAACAAGCUGGGUCAGCUCAAGCUGCACUGCCUGAGCGAGAGCAUCUACCGCAGCAAAGGGCUGCAGCGGGAGCUGCGCGCGCACGUCGUGCGCUUCCACGAGUGCGUGGAGGAGACUGAGCUCUACUGCGGUCUGUGCGGCGAGUCCAUAGGAGAGAAGAACAGCCGGCUGCAGGCGCUGCCCUGCUCCCACAUCUUCCACCUCCGGUCAUGGGGUUUAGACACUCAAGGCCAGACCUGCCUCCAUCCCAGUCUCCUGCCUCUCCGCCCAGGCUCUGCCCUGGAGGCCUCCCCAGGCAGAGGGCAAGAGCAGAGCUGGGCCGCUGGCAGGAGCCUGGGGCUGUGGAUACUUCCUGCAUCUGCAGCGGGGAGGAGAGGGGAGAGAGCCCAGCCCAGGAUGGAAGGACAGGCCCGGUGAGUGGACAGAGCCCUUUGCUU